AUGCCGGUCACUUGGUCCGUCGCUCUCGUCUCGGUUGUCACCACAGCCACGCUCGCCGUAACCCCCGCCGACGCGCACGGAUACCUCUCGAGCCCGACCAUCACGGCAGCUGUGAACAGCGCCUUCGGAGGCCAUGAGUGGAACCGCGGCCCGGAGUUCAGCACGGCCACCUUCACCUCGGCUUUCCCGAACACUGGCUACUCGUCGCUCAGGGACAUGCUCGACCAGCAGGUCGCAGACUGCGCCAACACGCGCAUUGAUGUUUCGCCCGUAGACGUGGCUGGACUCACAGUCGUGACCUGGGAGAACGGGAAUGGGAUCACGUCGCACCGUGGUCCGUGCGAGGUCUGGGUCGAUGACAUCGUGGUGAACCACCAGGACGACUGCGUAGCCACGUACGGCGCUGGGACGCAGAUCAAGGUGCCCGCCAACUUCUCCAAGUGCUUGGGGGACUGCACACUGCGCUUCUACUGGCUGGCGCUACACGAGCCGAAAUGGCAAAUCUACAAGCAGUGCGUACCCAUCGUGAACAACUCUGGAGCUCGUGCUCUCCGCACGGCCUAG